AUGGACGCAGCUUAUGUGAAAUUUGUGUUGUGCCAGUGCCUUAUAAAUCGAGUGGAUUGGGGCUUAGCCAUUGGCUGCAUGAACAUCGUGUACUCCUUUUUCCUGUUUCAAUUUUGGUCCGUGGAGCUCUUCAGAUGCCUCAGACAUUAUCCAAUCAAGUGGGUUUUGUUGUACGGAUUUAACAUAAUGUUCAAUGUGAUCGUCAUGAUGAGAAUAGUGAAGAGGGAAAGUAUCUCGGUCUUCUACUGGAUGUGCGAAACAGGUGCCCUCUUAAUAUUCCGCAUACAUUUCAUAUAUUACAAUAAAGAUGACUUUUGGCUAGGCAAACGUGAGUUUUACCACGUGUCCAACAUUGUAAUCGAUGUUUACAUUGGACUGUCUCUGCUGGCUAUGAUUUAUGUUAUAUGUGGCUUGCGUUUGAAGCUGGAGGCCCAAUUCCCCGACGAGGAAAUGGCCAAAGAUUGCAUAUUCGAUCCAGAGAUGGCCAAAAAAGCAGUACAAAAGCAUAAGGACGAGUUGCUAGCAAGGCAGAGGGAGGAGGAGCAGCAGGGACAACUGGAAAGUGAUCGAGAAAUGGAGGAAUUAAAUCGCAAAGCCGCUUUAAAACUUGCUCAGCUCGAGGAGGAGGAGGGAUCCCAGUCCAGCCUGGAGAUAACACCCACUGCACCCGAUGAGGAAAAUGUCUAUUCCAGCAUUUUCCUUCCGCAAGACUUUCCCGGACCUUCAGCUCCGCCAGAAAGCGCACUUUCCAUCGAGUCGGAUUUCUGGUACGAGAUCCAUGAUACAGCUGCCUCCGACGAUCAAUAG